AUGGGCUUGUUGGCAAAUGCAAUGUCUGUCCGGAUUUUUUCACAUCGACAAAUGCGUAAUCAGCCGCUUAACUGGUACUUGCUGUUGCUGGCUAUCUCAGAUUCAGUUAUUCUUAUUGGCGCUUUUUUUGUUUUGACACUUCCUCGAUUAGGCGAAGUUUUGCACUGCUGGAAAGCUACCGCAAUUAGUUACUACAGCACACCUUAUGUAUACGCAUUUAUGACACUGGCGCAGACGGUCAGUGUCUGGAUGACCACUGUUAUGUCAGUUCAUCGUUUUGUUGGAGUAUGUGUACCAUUCAAAGCACGAUCUUUGCUCACCACUCGUAACGUCAUUUUAUCAAUUUGCGUCGUUAUUGCUGCUUCGAUACUUUUCAAUUCAACACGGUUUCUUGAGGUGCGCAUUGAAAAUGUAUGCUAUAUGCCGCAAAUCAACAUGGAGUUGCCGAUCCUUGUGGCCACCGAGCUGCGCAUGAAUGUUCUUUAUCGUAAAAUAUUUUAUGAAUGGGCAUAUACACUGAUUAUGUUCGCGAUACCAUUCACGAUUUUGAUCAUCGUUAAUACAAUGGUAAUUUUUGCGGUGCACAGGUAGGC